CUUGCCCUUCCCCUGUUUCCAAAUGCCUCUCUCUUCGGUAAGACUUUGGAAACUUCACUUGUCUUGUCUUUUGCUUUUUGUCUUUACCAGAAGAGAGGAGAGGGGUGCUGUGAAUCAGGUAGCAUUUGGCCCCUCCCAAUUAAUAAAUAAAUGAAUAAAUAAAUCAGGUACCAAACUAUCCGAUUCGAAGCGGUGGAAUAGAAGGCACUGUCAAAGAAUGGGACCAGAAAGAUAGAAACAAUCCUCCGCUCUACUAAAAUAAUGCUACAAGAUAAUCCAAUUUCUAAACCCACCAUCCUAAGCCAAACGGAAAUACGCAAAUUAAUUAUUGUUUUGUUCUUAAACAUAUUUUGCUAACCAAUGCUUUUUAAAAUGAUUAUUAUAAUUUCUCUUUAAAAUAUUUUGGGGACACUGGUUAGUAUUUGCUUUUUAUUUUUGGAAAAGCUUUUAAGGAAUUAAAGGGGCAUGCAUAGCAUGGGGUUUGAUGCAUCAAAGGGUUCCCAUUUAAGUCAACCCUGAAGAAGAGCCUUGUAAUUGAUGAAAUCGUGAAUAAAAAGUCGCCUUAUUAAGAGUAUUUAAGCAGAUGCAAUGUGAAUUUUUUUAUUUUCAUUAUCCAGCAAGGAAGUGAUUGACUCUGCAGAAUUUACGCAAUGAGAUCUCAUCUCAUUUAUUUUUCUGCAGCGUUGUGUUGGGUAGAUUUAUUAUUGGUUCCUCUUUUUUGAAAUUCACCUUCUGGCAGUGACACAAAUUUAUAUCUACCCUUUCCUUUAAUAUCAUAUUCAAGUCUUCUCCCUCUCUCUCUCUCUCUCUCUCUCUCGUAGCGAAGCGGCUCUUUCUUUUGACUUCUAGCUUAUAAUGAAGUAAAUUGGAGCCAAUGUUACCCAAAUCCCACAAACUCCCAUGAUACUACGGUGGGGAUGAUAUUUUUGGUACUCCCAGGUGGAUCCAUGGUAGCAUAUGAUUCAAGUCUAAAGUUUCAGUCUUUGUAAGUUGUGUCCAUCUAUCUCCAGAAACAACAAUGGAGUGGAUUUUCCAUGAAAUAGAGAAAAGGAGCUUGCUUUCUCCAUCAGAGCAGCCAUAUUACCUCCCUCAAUCACCAAUACCGUUACUUCCUCCACCACAAAAUUUGCAGUCUGAUAGCUUCAAUUUGAACAACAAGGUUAGUCCAAGUAUAUUACUCAUCAUUAUAAUCCUAGCUAUCAUUUUCUUUGUUUCUGGUUUGCUUCACCUUUUAGUUAGAUUUCUUAUGAGACCUCCCAAUAGAGAGCCUGAAGAUAUAGACAAUGUGACUGCUCUUCAAGGGCAGUUGCAACAACUAUUCCAUCUCCAUGAUGCUGGUGUCGACCAAUCUUUUAUAGAUACUCUCCCUGUAUUCCACUACAAAGCCAUCAUAGGAGUAAAAAACCCAUUUGAUUGUGCUGUUUGCUUGUGUGAAUUCGAGCCUGAAGACAAGCUUAGAUUGCUACCAAAAUGCAGCCAUGCCUUCCACAUGGAGUGUAUUGACACUUGGCUUUUGUCUCAUUCCACAUGCCCUCUCUGUAGAGCUAGCUUACUCCCUGAUUUCUCUCCAAAUGAUAGCUGCUCCCCCAUUGUUCUUGUUCUUGAAUCUGGGAGUGAGAGCUCAAGAGAGAUUGUAACCGAUAGAGAAGGAGUUGUGGGCAGAAGCAGUUCACUUGUGAGAUCAAGUUCCCACCUAGGCCUUUCUGGAGACACUGAAUUGGGGUCAUCCCAGCGUAAAUCAUGUGAAAUCCUGGAAAAAGAUGAAGUCAAGCCAACAGUAGUGCAGUCUGGGGAAAAAGUUGUGCCUGUUAGGCUGGGAAAGUUUAGGAACGUUGAUGGCGGUGAAGGUAGCAGUAACAAUAACGUGGAUGAUAGAAGGUGUUUCUCUAUGGGUUCCUUCGCUUAUGUAAUGGAUGAGAAUUCUUUAUUGCAAGUGCCGAUAAGAACUCCAGCGAAGAAACCGUCGAGCAAGAAGAAGACUUGUUUGCCAUUGACUCCUGGUCACCGCCCAGCAAUUUCUGAAUGUGAUUGUGAAUCAAGAAGAGGGUUCAAUGGUUUUGAGAUCACGAGGCAGUUUGAAACCAAUGGGAGUUCUAGCACCAGUGACAAUAAUGGCAAAGCCAUCGGUAAGAACAAGAAAGAAAGCUUCUCAAUAUCCAAAAUCUGGCUUCGGGGGAAGAAGGAGAAGCAGAAUUUUACAGAGGAUUCGUCGAGGAGGGCCUUCUCAUUCCGAUAUCCGGUGCGUCAGAAUGCUGCUGCAGAUGACUGUAAUUCGAAGGUGAAGAAUGUUACCGAUGAUGCCAAGGAUACUAUUUCUGAGAUAGACUCUGGCAGGUGGGGAAAUGGUAUCAGUGAAUUAGGUUUCGACGAGGAAAACCAAAGCUCCUAUAGCUUAGAUUCACAAGCUAAAACACCAUCUUUUGCUAGGAGGACUCUGCUUUGGCUGGCUGGGAGACAAAACAAGGUUGUUCACUCAUCCUUUACACCAAAACUCUAGUUUGUUUUUUCCUUUUACAUUCUUUUCCUAGAGAACUUAGAUGAUCUUGUAGCAGGAAAAAGGGAAGAGAAAAAAGAAAAAGGUUAUAUUAUAAGAAA